GGUAUGCAAGUGACCCAGUAUCCCAGUUCAGUGAAGUGCUAGGCCGGAUGGGAACUGACAGCCUCAACAACUUACAACAUCUCCUUGCUUUGAUGGAUCUGGAAGCUUCUCCAAACAUCCAGCAUAUAGGUUUACCAUCCAGCAGAAGUCUUGCCUUGGCUUAUGCCUUGACUGUUGUUGAUCCGGUAUGUCGAAUGGGAACUGGUAUACCGGUUGAAGAUCAUUAG